AUGUCUGUAAAGCCAAUUGAUACAUUUAUUACCAGCAGUGUGAAGCUGUUCGAAGUGAAUCCAUCUCAGACGGUUAUAUCACUUACAUAUAAGACACCAACGGAGAAGAAAAGACAAAGCGAUGUUAUCUUCAAGACACACAACCCACAUUUGGGUACUAGCUAUAAGUUCUCCACAAAUAAGAGUAAAGAUGUUUCGAGAUUACUGAAUGCUGUGGGCCCUAGAGGUGUUUCUGUCAUUCCAGGAAGAAUCGAAAGAUUAAACCAGACGGCAGCCAAGGUUUCGAAAAAAAAGACUUCAAUCAAGAAAAAAACGAUUAAAGAUGUUGUAGGUCUUGGUUCUUUGAUUGUGAACACAGACGUAAAGGAGUAUGUACCAAUACAACCAGGAAGCGCUGGCAGUAACAUUAGUCAAGUGUCUGUAGAAGGUUCCAAGAAAAGGAAGAAUAAGAAUAAGAACAAGAAAAAGCGUUGA